CCUUACGGUCACUGGUAAUCUAAGCAACAAAGACUAGAAGCCUCCGAUAUGCCAUUGUCACACACGAGAGACAAACAGCCCCGGGUAGCAUUCAUGAUGAGAGCAGGAGACCUGCCCUGGCAGAUAAGAGGAGAAACUCACCACAACAAUGAAGGAAAAGGACUGACAGUAUUCGAUAGAUUUAGUCAAACUGUGCUUGAGGUUUGGCUUAGAUUUAUGCCAGUAGAACCCAUCCUUAACAAAUUCAGAGAUGACCCAAGAUUCUACUCUGUGGUAUGGGGGAAAGACCUCUCGAUAUUUAUCUCACAUCAACAGCUUUACCGCAGGAGCGUCUACAUCUCUCCUGUUUCCUGUAGAAAAGACAGCUUUGCUCCUUUGAAAGCGCGGACUGCAGCACCUCCAGCCCCUUCUCCCCGCGGAACUCGGCCCGCGAAAGUUGUGGGAAGGUGGUGGGGCGGGGACUGCAGCCGCUUCCGAUUGGCGUUGCCCCAAGGAAGCCUGCGCGGAUUGGUCGGCGGCAGGACCCCCAACAGAGCCUGCCAUGCGGAUUGGCUGCUACGCUGCUGGACCCUGUUUCCGGUACCUGGGCGGGCAGCUAUGGUGACUCGCAGGCGGGAUGGGAAGCUGCCUGUGUGGCCGGUGGAGGCCCGCUUGGCGGCACUGCUUCCCGACCUACUGGUCUUUCGGAAGCCCAGGGGAUCAGAACCCGAGCUCGCCACGGCCCAGGGAGUCCUCCUAGGCGUCCAUGUGACGGGGUUUACAGCAUUAAUGGAUAGGUUCAGCCUGACCUGCAAGUCGGAACGUGACAUGGACAAACUGGCCCACAUCUUCAGUUACUACAUUAGUGACAUCGUGGAGCAUGUUCUCUGUUUUGGAGGGGAUAUCCUAAAUAUCACAGGGAACAUGCUCCUGGCACUCUGGAGAGUAGAACAAAAUCAACUGAGUGACAUCAUUACCUUGGUGGCAAAAUGCAGUCUGGAGAUACAGGAGAAAUUUGGGAUCUAUCACACCAGAGAAGGCCAGGACCUGCAGUUAAAGAUAGGUCUGUCUGCGGGUCGGAUUUCCCAGGUUAUUGUUGGAGAUGAGCGGCAGCAAUACCUCUUGGUGAUUGGGCGGGAUGUAGAUGAUGUCCGGUUAGCUCAGCAUUUGGCUCAGGCAAAUGAGAUUGUCCUAUCCUGGAACUGCUGGAUGCUCUGCGAGCAGUGUAUGUUUGAAGUGGAAAUCAUGAGGGAGGAUGAAGCUGUGAAGUUAAGAGAUAUGCGGAUCAUUGACCCAUUUGAUUUUGAUGAGCAUUUUGACAAGUGCCUCGAUUAUCUACCACAUUACCGUACAAGUGCUGAGACUCUAAGAACUGCACUGGAAUUGGAUCCACACUCUGAUCUUGACCAAAAGCUGCGGAAACACAUAAUGAAAAACCUUUUGAAGAAGAUUGAUGAAGGCCAGCCUGUAGAGUAUGUAUCUGAAUUCCGUACGGUGACUCUGGUUUUGGUCAGCCUGGAGUUCCACAAGACAGCGUGGAUGUUGCAUUUGUGUCAUCUUAUCCAGGAGUCUGCCUUAUACAUCUCCACAGUCAUUGAGAAAGGGGGUGGCCAGCUGAGUCGGAUCUUUAUGUUUGAGAAAGGCUGCAUGUUCCUCUGUGUUUUCGGCCUUCCUGGUGAUAAGAAGCCAGACGAGUGUGCACAUGCCCUGGAGAGCUCCUUCAGCAUCUUUAGCUUCUGCUGGGAGAAUCCUGCUAAGACCAAACUUGUUUCCAUCAGUAUCACCAAUGGACCAGUAUUCUGUGGCGUGGUUGGAGCAGUAGCAAGACACGAAUAUACAGUUAUUGGUCCAAAAGUGAGUCUUGCGGCCAGAAUGAUAACUGCUUAUCCAGGUUUGGUGUCCUGUGAUGAGAUAACAUAUCUAAGAUCCAUGCUACCUGCUUACAACUUCAAGAAACUCCCAGAGAAAAUGAUGAAAAACAUCUCCAACCCAGGGAAGAUAUAUGAAUAUCUUGGCCACAGAAGAUGUAUAAUGUUUGGAAAAAGACAUUUGGCAAGAAAGAGAAACAAAAAUCACCCUUUGUUAGACCGGGAGAAAGAAUUGGAAGCCUUCCAAAUGGCACAGCAGAGGUGUUUGCACCAGAAGAAGGGACAAGCAGUUCUGUAUGAAGGUGGAAAAGGCUAUGGAAAAAGCCAGCUGUUGGCUGAAGUAAACUUCCUGACACAGAAGGAAGGGCAUAGGGUAUUGCCAUUGAUGCUGAAGGAAGCAGAUUCCAAGCAGUGCUUCUAUGCCAUCCAGACCCUCAUGGCCAUCUUCUUUGAAAUUGAUACAUGCCCAGCCUAUUACCGGCAAGAGUGCCUACAAAGACACCUUCGUGGGAUAGUGGAAGAACAACUUCACUGCCUUUUUAAUGACCUCUUAUUUGUGAAGUUUCCUUUGUCCUUCAAAGUUUCGCACAUGGAUGACGUGGCCAGACAAAAGAAGGUUAAAGCAUGUUUUAUUAAAGUACUUCAGGAGGCAGUGAGGGAAACACCACUGAUUUUCCUCAUUGAUGAGGCCCAGUAUAUGGAUGCAGCUUCCUGGGAGUUUUUGGAAACAUUGCUCUCCAGUAUGCCCAUCAUCAUGGUGAUGACGUUGACCCCUAUCUUCACCCUGUGUGGCUCGGCCCAGCAUUUCCUGCAGAGCCCUCAAGCUAUCCUUAUGCCUAUUACGAAGUUGGCAACAACCUCGCUGUUGAGAAUGGCAUGUUGGGAGCUAGGGGUGGUGAGCAUCCCCCAAGAGCUGCAGAUCUACCUUCACAGGUGCUUUGGAAAUCCCCUUUAUUGCGAGGUCCUAUGCCAGGACCUUCUCUCUAAGGACAUGUUGCUCUUUCAUGACCUACAAAAGGAGGAAGAGGAAAACAGCAAGUGGGAAACCCUCUCAGCCAAUGCCAUGAAUUCCAUAAUGUAUAGUAUGUUUCCUGCCAACUCUGAAGAAGGCCAGGAACUUUAUGUCUGCACAGUCAAGGAUGAUGUGAACUUGGAUACAGUACUUCUCCCACCCUUUCUGAAAGAAAUAGCAGUAAGCCAACUGGAUCAACUGAGCCCAGAGGAACAGUUGCUGGUCAAGUGUGCUGCAAUCAUUGGGCACUCCUUCCAUAUAGAUUUGCUGCAGCACCUCCUGCCUGGCUGGGAUAAAAAUAAGCUACUUCAGGUGUUGAGAGCUCUUGUGGAUAUACAUGUGCUCUGCUGGCCCGACAAGAGCCAAGAGCUUCCUGCUGAACCCACAUUAGUGCCUUCCUCUAUCGACAUAAUUGAUGAAACCAAAGAGAAGAAAACAAAGUUAGAUGGUGGUUCAGCCUCUCUUCUCAGGCUAAAAGAAGAAUUAUCCCUACCUCAAACUGAGGUGUUGGAAUUUGGAGUGCCUCUACUACGGGCAGCUGCUUGGGAGCUCUGGCCCAAGGAACAACAGAUAGCUUUACACCUCGAAUGUGCCUGCUUUCUCCAAGUUUUGGCCUGCCGCUGUGGGAGCUGCCAUGGAGGAGACUUUGUCCCCUUUCACCGUUUUGCAGUUUGUUCUACUAAGAAUUCCAAGGGGACCUCUCGAUUCUGUCCUUACAGAGAUACUGGCUCAGUGCUAACACAAGUGAUCACAGAAAAAUUGCAGCUGCCUUCUCCCCAAGAUAAUUUUCCAUUCCAGAUGAAACCAUCCAGAACUCAGGAGGCCUUCUCAAGUGAAUGCUGCAGAACAGAGGAAGAGUUCCUAGAUCAAGUGAAGAGGAAGCUGGCUCAGACCAGCCCUGAGAAAGACCUGUUGACCACAAAGCCUUGUCACUGUAAGGAUAUCCUGAAGUUAGUGCUCUCACCCCUCACCCAGCAUUGCUUGGUCAUUGGAGAAACGACCUGUGCAUUUUAUUACCUGCUGGAGGCUGCGGCUGCCUCCUUGGACCUGUCAGACAAUUAUAUGGCCUUCUUUUAUUUAAGGAAGGCAAGCAGUCUUCUGGGCCAACCCUCAGCAUUUUCAUUUUUGAAAAAACACAAAGUGAAGAUCUGUCAGUUUGAGGAGGCUACUUUCUGCCGUCUUCUGUCAGAGGUCUGUUUCAACAUGGGACACAUCACUUUAGCCAAAAAAUUGGCUAGGAAAGCCCUUCGGCUGCUGAAAAGGAAUUUCCCUUGGACCUGGUUUGGUGUCCUUUUCCAGACAUUCCUGGAAAAGUAUUGGCAUCCCUGUACCCUGAGCCAACCUCCAAACAACCCUAGUGAGAAUAAGAAGAAUUUGGCAGUUCUGCAGCAGCAGGUGCAUUGCCUGUCCCUACUCUGGCAGCUCUAUAACCUGGAGGCCACAGCCAGUAGCUACAGAUUUGCCUGCCUGGCUACUCUUAUGCAGAAGAAUUCAGCUGAGGAGUUUGCAAAUGAAGCCCAGGUUGUCUCUACCUAUGUGGAACUCUCUCAGUUCUCCCAGAGCAUGGGCAUCAAGGACAAGUGGCUGCACUGUGAGCAGAUGGCCAUUCAGAAAAGCAGUUUAUGUUGGUUCUCCAGGGAGGGAUUGUUGGCCACAGCUCAGCUCAUGCAGGCCCUGGCCUACACCAAGCUCUGCCUUGGCCAUCUUGACUUCUCCAUCAAGCUGGGAUUGCUGUUUCGGCCCUUUAGUGAGUGUCUGCGUUUCGUUCAAAUCUACGAGCACAGCCGUGUUCUAAUCUCUCAGAGCAAUGUCAUGCUGGGGGUCCACUCCUCCCUGGCCAUGUGGUUUGCCCAGGAAUCACAGUGGGGCCUGUUUGAGCACUAUUUCUCCAAGGCUUGCCAGUUGGUGAAAAGAACCAAUGCUUCGCUAUUUGGUGCACAUGGCUUUGUCCGAUUCCUAGAGUGCCAUGUGCUAAUGUUACAGAAAAUACCGGAGGGUAUCUUCAUGCAUAUUCCUCUAGAGCUUCGCAGCCAAACCCUUGAGUACUUUAAGGAGUUCUUCUCUCGAUGUGUGACCUGCCCUGUCUAUCACCAGUGGGUAUCUGAGCUUAAGGCCUCUGUAAUGAGAUGUGAAAAGACAGAAUUCAUGUCCCUGACUAACAGCAUCAGACCUUUUGACACUUGCUUGACCAGGAUUUGGAUAAAAGGAGAAUUUCUGCAGGAAAAUAACUCUUAGAAAAGAAAUUUAGGAAUACAGAGUAAGCAUUUCUUCCUGGAACCCUUGUGUGAGAGACAUAAAGACAGUCUCAGAUUCUUACUCAUGAGCAGUCAAAGGCUGCACUUCUGAAGUAAAAAGGGACACACAGAUGUAAGGAGUUAGUCCUUGCUCCAGAGGUAAGUAUAAUCCUCUUCCUAAUGCUAGGCCCUGCCUGGACAGAUAGGAAUCCCUUCUAUUGUUAAACAGCAAUUUCUUCAGCUUCUCUCAGCUCUUUGUUUCAGUAUUGGUAACCCUUAGGCAUAGAAAGUUCUUCCUUGCUUUUAGCCAAAGCAAUUAGGUUGUUUCCUUGGAAUAACUGGAUGGUCACUAAGGAGAGAAAAAGGUCUUAGAA